UAGAGUGUCGGCUGGUCGAUCAGUCGUUCGAAAUUAGUUGACUUGUGUACAUCGAAUCAGGAUUUCGCAUCAAACAUGUCUGUAACAAUGAUGAACUUCGCGCAAGAGUUUUCAAACUUGGUGAUUCGUUACACGAAGGAUCGCUUGCCGCCUCUUUCGUCGGAAAAGAAUGAGUCGACAAAUGUGCCUUUGACGAAGGAAGAAGUGACGAAUGUUGUGAGCAACGUGCUUGCUACGCUUCUCGGGAUAAGUGACAUUAACGUUAAUAACACUUCCGUCAAAGUACCGAUCGUUGGAGCCGACGACAUCGCACCGAUAACUCCGCUCCUGGACAAUAGCGAUCGGAACGGAAAAAAUGAAAAUAUAUGCAGGUUUAGGUCUCAGAAUAUUCAGGAAACGCCGAAGAACUUUGGCACUUCAAGUCCUAAUCUCAAGAACGACGAGACAAAAACGACAUCGACCACACUCGAGGUGUUUCAGGAAGGGAAAAAGUUUAUUUCACGAUCGAGCCCCGCGAUCUGCGUUACGAAUAUCAGCAGAUCCGACACCUUCGUCUUCGAGGAGAACCAAACUGCGGAGACUACUAUCGACUUGAAAAAGCUCAACAAUUCUUUUGCAAAAGCUGAGGUUACUAGUACUUUCUUGCAAUCCCUGGACGAAGCACGAAUGUCCGCAAUCAACGUCGUGACAAAGUUGAAUGAUAUGAAAGAAUUGUCGCAAUCGUUAAACACACGGCGAUUCUCCACAAGCGAGAUCAUUUCCAGUCGGGCGUCGAAACUAGCGAUUCCUGCCAAGGUACGCAGAUCGAUUAGCGACUUUCCCGCGACACCGACAUCGUCCAGAUCGCUCGCGACAGGAUCACAGGACACCGCGACAGGAUCACAGGACAGACGCAAAAGCGGCGCUGUUUCCGUCGACGCUGGCUCUCGAAAAUUGAGCAUAUCUGCUGCAUCAGUGAGCCGCUCUGUAUCAAAUUUACAUUUCCCAUCGAGUAACAAAUCGUCGGACUCGACGAUUAAUAAACCAGCGAAAAAUCCCAAGUACGCCCAUAUACAGAGCACUAUACCGAAACCAAUUUCGAGCAAGCGAAGGGCGCAAUAGUACUUUACACCAUAAUUCCUCCAAUUGCCGUUUCAUUGAUCACUCCGGUGAAAUUUUUAAUUGACUUUAAGAUAUGCAAUUAUAUAUAUGUGUAGUGAUAUAUGUAAGAAUAUUAAAUAUCAAUAAAAACUUGUUGUAUUCCUCU